AUGAGUGAACAAUCAGAAAAAAAUGGUUUUACCCAAGAGAGACAUGCAGGUCAAAGUUCUCCUGAGAAAAACAGUCACCUCGGGCAGAAGCAACUGCAGCAGAUAGAGCGGCAGUUAAAAUGUUUGGCGUUUCAAAACCCGGGACCACAGGUAGCGGACUUUAAUCCUGAAACAAGGGAGCAGAAAAAGAAAGCGCGGAUGUCGAAGAUGAAUGACACUGUUGAUGAAGGUAUGGGACGUGAAUUGAAUAAGUAUGACAGAAGCGGCAGGCUUAUCUGCAACGACGCGGAUCUGUGCGACUGCCUGGAGAAGAACUGCCUGGGCUGCUUCUACCCCUGCCCCAAGUGCAACUCCACCAAGUGCGGGCCCGAGUGCCGCUGCGGCCGCCGCUGGGUCUACGACGCCAUCGUCUCCGAGUCCGGGGAGGUCGUCAGCGCCCUGCCGUUCCCCGUCCCCGACUAGGCGCU